AUGCCUCUCUAUCUCACUGCGGCCCACUCAUCACGCGUCACUAAGUCGGCCCAGAGAUCCGCCUCAUCUGCCCGUCGUCAUUCCUCCUCCCCUUUCGCCCUCGCCCCGCGUACGAAGCCGUCGUCGCAGAGGACCAAGUCGAAGUCCGAUGCUCUUGACCAAGACGUGGGUCAGGACGAGGACGAGGAUGAGGACGAGGCUGAGGCAAGGCUCGUACCUAUUGGCAAGGUCUUGACCACGGUCUCGGUAGAUACUGCCAAAGAUGUGCUCUCUGCCGUGCAACACGCUCGCGCUUCCAUGUUUACCCCUAUCCCAGACCGAGCGGGUAUGAACAGUGUACGCAUCUCCGAGGUCCUGAAUUUCCAGCGGAACAUGCCGCCUGUUGUGACCCUGGCGCAUGUCCAUGCCUUGCUUGCUGCUUCGUCCAAAACAGAGCGUCAGAUUGCUGCCUUGCAAUCGGCCGGGAAGCUGCGCAAAAUCAAGGUCACUGGGCGGGGGAACGACAUCAGUGGCACGGGAGAGGUCUUGAUCUCCAUGGAUGCUUUGCAAGCCCUGCUGGUACGAAGCGAUGUUGCACCAGAUGUCGUAACUGACUUUUGCAACGUGCUCCGUCGUCAGCAUCGGGCCACCUCUAUCUCGCCCCAGGAUCUCCCUCCCACCCACGUGACUGUCCUGACCCGGGCAGGCUUUCUCGUAUCCUCAAGUCUCUUCGGCUCCCGCAACUUGUCUCUAGCUGGCUCAUCCCUGGUUUCCGCAACCAAGAUCUCCCGUGCAGCUUCAGGUACCUCUGACGCCGUUGGCGGAGAUGCAGCGUUCGAGAACCUAGGCGGAGUCGGCACUGCAAGGCGGCGCCAAUCAAAUCCUAAUUUCAGUCAGCAUUUUCAAGGAAGCGAUCUGGCUCUUUCGGUGCCAAACAUUGGCCCUUACCUCAGACUCUUAACCGCUGGCCGGGAGCAUCUCCUUGAACUCCUUGGCAAGUCGAAAUACAGAGAAGGCCCUCUGUACCUUCUCCGAGAGCGUUGGGACGGCGCUGUCGACUCCGACAACCGCGUUUCUGUCGCCAAACGCAUCAGGGGAGAGUUCUCCGGCGUUAUGCCCGCAAAAACCAAGAAAUGGAAAGAUCUCUAUGGUUUGAAUUUUGACUGGGUUGUGGAAGAAUGUCUUGGUGCCGGCUUGAUCGAGCUGUUUGAGACUCGAAGUGUGGGCUUGGGCAUCCGUGCUUUGACAUGA